AUGGGGUCGUCCAAAUCAUAUAGUUGCUUUGGUUACCCCCUGAGCAUAUUCUUCAUCGUGAUCAAUGAGUUCUGCGAAAGAUUUUCCUACUAUGGCAUGAAAGCACUCCUGAUCCUGUACUUCACGCGGUUCUUCAGAUGGGACGACGACCUGUCCACCGCCAUCUACCACACCUUCGUGGCUCUCUGCUACCUGACGCCCAUUCUUGGCGCUCUCAUCGCCGACUCCUGGCUGGGAAAAUUCUCGACCAUCGUGUCACUCUCCAUCGUCUACACCAUUGGGCAGGUAAUCAUCGCAGUCAGCUCCAUCCACGACCUCUCAGACUAUGACCGCAACGGAACCCCCGACAAUCUCCCUUUACAUGUGGCGCUCUCCAUGAUCGGCCUGGGCCUGAUAGCUUUCGGUACUGGAGGAAUCAAGCCCUGUGUGUCUGCCUUUGGUGGAGAUCAAUUUGAAGAGGGCCAGGAAAAACAAAGAAACCGAUUCUUUUCCAUCUUUUAUUUGGCCAUUAAUGCUGGAAGUUUGAUUUCUACUAUCGUCACUCCCAUUCUCAGAGUUCAAGAAUGUGGAAUUCACAGUAAGCAAGCUUGUUACCCACUGGCGUUUGGGGUUCCUGCUGCUCUCAUGGCCAUUGCUCUGCUUGUAUUCAUUGCCGGCAGCAGCAUGUACAAGAAGUUCCAGCCCCAGGGGAACAUCAUGGGUGAUGUGGCCAAGUGCAUUGGGUUUGCCAUCAAAAAUAGGUUUCGGCACCGGAGUAAGGACUUCCCCAAAAGGGAGCACUGGCUGGACUGGGCCCGGGAGAAGUAUGAAGAGCGGCUUAUCUCUCAAAUUAAGAUGGUUACGAAGGUGAUGUUCCUGUAUAUUCCUCUCCCCAUGUUCUGGGCCUUGUUCGAUCAGCAGGGCUCAAGGUGGACACUGCAAGCAACAACAAUGAAUGGGAAAAUGGGACUCCUGGACAUUCAGCCAGAUCAGAUGCAGACCGUGAAUGCCAUCUUGAUCGUUGUCAUGGUCCCGAUUGUAGACGCUGUGGUGUACCCUCUGAUUGAAAAAUGUGGCUUCAACUUCACCCCGUUGAAGAAGAUGACUGUCGGGAUGUUCCUGGCUUCCAUGUCUUUCGUGGUGGCUGCCGUGCUGCAGGUGGAAAUUGAUAAAACGCUUCCGGUCUUCCCCGAAGGAAAUCAAGUCCAAAUUAAAGUAUUGAAUAUAGGGAACAAUAACAUGACUAUACAGUUUCCUGAAGCGACUGUGAACGUCGGCCAAAUGUCUGAAAAUGAUUUCAGGACCUUUGAUUUGGACAAACUAACAAGUAUAAGCAUUUCUUCGCCUGGAUCACCAGUUACUCCAGUAAUUCCUGAUUUUGAGAAGGGCAAACGCCAUACCCUGCUAGUGUGGGAACCCAAUCAUUACCGAGUGAUAAAGGAUGGCCUUAACCAGAAGCCAGAAAAAGGAGAAAAUGGAGUCAGAUUUGUAAAUGCUUUCGGUGGGAGCUUCAACGCCACAGUGGAUGGGACCCUAUACGAGAAUAUUACCAAUAACAACGCCAGCAAGUAUAUGUUUUUCUCUUACGGCACAAAAAACAUCAUGCUAAGCUCAGCAGAGAUUCCAGGACACUGCAAUAAGUCUUUUACAUCCUUAGACUUUGGAUUCGGUAGUGCAUAUACCUAUGUGAUCACCAGGAGAGAUGGAUGCCCUAUACUGAAUUCAUUUGAAGAUAUUGCUCCCAACACCGUUAACAUGGCCCUGCAAAUCCCACAGUAUUUCCUCUUAACCUGCGGCGAGGUGGUUUUCUCUGUCACCGGACUGGAGUUCUCAUACUCUCAGGCUCCUUCCAACAUGAAGUCGGUGCUGCAAGCAGGGUGGCUGCUGACAGUGGCUGUGGGCAACAUCAUCGUGCUCAUCGUGGCAGGAGCAGGCCAGAUCAAGGAACAGUGGGCUGAGUACAUUCUGUUUGCUUCAUUGCUUCUGGCUGUCUGCAUCCUCUUUGCCAUCAUGGCUCGAUUCUACACGUACAUCAAUCCAGCAGAAAUUGAAGCUCAGUUUGAUGAGGAAGACAAAAAGAAGAAGCCAGAAAACUUAUAUCCCGAAAUAGAUCCCGCCUCACCGACGGCGCAGACAAAGAUGUGA